CCAUGCAACCAAGCCCAGUACUUCAAACACAUAUAAGGAGAAGUCUCCCACUCCCACAUCACAGGGGGCUCUCGGUCUCCUCCAGUCUCUUCUCUGAUCUUCCUUCUUCAUCACCUUGCCAUCCUAACUCCACUCUUCCCAAGGAGCCACCAUGAGCCGGCAAUUCAGUUCCAGAUCAUUUUCAACAGGUGGAAGAAGGGGCUACUCUGUUUCUGGCAGUGGCUUCCGAGUGGGCAGCAGCUCAACUUCCAUCGUCCCAGUGGGAGCUUUCUCUAGUGGCUUUGGCAGCAGAAGUCUCUACAGCUAUGGUGGAAGCAAGCGGAUAUCCAUGGGAGUAGCUUCUGGUGGUGGAGGAGGUCACUUUGGUUAUGGUGGAAGAAGUUUGGGUGGUGGUCUAGGAUACAGCAGUGUUAGUGGGGGUUAUGGAGGUAUUGGUGGUGGUGUAGGCUUUGGCGGUGGUCCUGGCUUUGGCAGUGGCCCUGGCUUUGGCGGUGGUGUUGCCCUGGGCAGUCAUCUUGGAGGCUUUGGUGGUGGUGGAUAUGCCCUUUCAGGCCCAGGUCCCUGUCCAGCACCAGGGCGAAUACAUAAUGUUAUUGUCAACAAGACUCUACUGGCUCCUCUGCAUGUGGAAGUUGAUCCUGAGAUCCAGAGAGUUCGAGUGCAAGAGAGGGAACAGAUCAAAACUCUCAACAACAAAUUUGCCUCUUUCAUCGACAAGGUGCGAUUUCUUGAGCAACAGAACAAAGUGCUGGAGACCAAGUGGGACUUGCUGUACCAGCAGGGCACUCCAGCUCUGAGAGACAACCUGGAGCCCCUUUAUGAGUCUUACAUUGACAAUCUCCGGAGGCAGCUCGAGAGCCUUGUCAACGACAAAAACCACCUGGACAUUGAACUGAAGAACACACAAGAGCUUGUGGAGGACUUCAAGAACAAAUAUGAGGAUGAAAUUAACAAACGUACAGCUUGUGAAAAUGACUUUGUGGUGCUCAAAAAGGAUGUGGAUGGCUCCUAUAUGCACAAGAUAGACCUGGGAUCCAAGGCUGAUUCCUUGACUCAGCACAUUCAGUUCUUAAGAGCGCUCUUUGACUCAGAACUAGCUCAGGUGCAAUCGCAGGUUAAAGACACCAGUGUCAUCUUACAAAUGGACAACAACAGAGACCUGAACCUGGACAGCAUCAUUGCUGAAGUCAGAAGUCAAUAUGAAGAUAUUGCCAAUAGGAGCAGGGCUGAGGCAGAGGCAUGGUACCAAAAUAAGUUCGAGGAACUGCAGACGACAGCUCACAGGCACGGCGACGACUUGAAAUCCUCAAAAGAUGAGAUUGCAGAGAUGAGCCGGAUUGUCCAAAGACUUCGCUCUGAGAUUGAAAUAAUGAAGAAAGCAAUCAACAGCCUGCAAUCUUCCAUCGCAGAAUGUGAGCAACGCGGGGAGAUGGCCCUCAAAGAUGCACGGAACAAACUACUUGACCUGCAGACUGCCCUCACAACCGCAAAGGAUGAGCUGGCUCGUUUACUGCGAGACUACCAGGAACUAAUGAAUGUGAAGCUGGCCCUGGACGUGGAGAUCGCCACCUACAAGACACUGCUAGAGGGAGAGGAGUGUAGAAUGUCAGGAGAUUUCCCGACUCCUGUCAACAUCUCUGUGGUCAGCAGUUCCAGCACCAUCAGUGGUGGUGGUGGAGGAGGAGGAGCAGGAUAUGGCGUCGGAGGGGGAAGUGGAUACGGUGUCGGAGGAGGAAGUGGAUAUGGCGUUGGAGGAGGAAGUGGAUAUGGCGUUGGAGGAGGAAGUGGAUAUGGCAUCGGAGGAGGAAGUGGAUAUGGCGUCGGAGGAGGAGGUGGUGGACACAGCCAUGUCAGUUUUGGAGGAGGAAGAGCGAGCCGAUUUAGUAGUGGAGGCAGCCUAGGUGGUUCUGGAAGUCUCACUGGUGGUGGAUAUAGUUAUGGAGGGGGCAACUCAAGUGUGAAGAUUGUAUCAUCUACAAGCUCAAGCAAGAGAAUAAGCAGCUAAGGUUUUUUUUUUAAAAAAAGCAUUCAACAUUCCCUGCUUCAGGAAACAAAAGAUUCUCCCCCAAUUACCCACCCACCCCUAUACACACACUUACUGGUAACUAUCCCCAAAAGCAAUAUACUUCCUCAACACUGAAACAGGGGGGGAAAGGGACAAAUAUUCCAUUAUUGCGUAAGUUCA